UUUACCGAUCUUUCGAAAACAAUAAAAUGGCGGCCAGGGGAACUUCCUGAACGUCGCCACCUUCCAAAACAACAACAUUCCAACUUUAUUUAUUGACCUAAUUUAACCAGUUAACCGUCUUUAGAUACGUCUGACAUACGGAGACAAAGAUGGAGUUCAAUAAAUCCAGACCAAAGCUCAUUCGGAUGGCGAGCAGGGAACAAGAGACACAAACUACUGGUACAGGACAGGACAUGGAGGAACACCUGUCACCAGAAACUGAGACUGACCUGGCAGGGUCCCUGUCCCCCCCACGGAACAACGUGCUGUCUCCCACCCGCUCGUCCUUCCCGAAGCAUGUUCAUUCAGUCAUGGACGACAAGUUCAAGGAGAUCGCCAACGACCUAUUCAAGCGAAGUCGCCACGAGUCGGAGUCCUUCCACCCGGAUCUCACCGCGCCGUACGAGUACCCCGACCAGUGUCCUCUGGAGUCGGAGGAUGAGAAGAAGAAGCGUUUGGAGCGACAGAUGAGCCAGUGUCACGAUGUUAAGAUUAAGUUUAAUGGGUUGGAUGGAAGGUACGACAAUAAUGACAGGGAAGCUAGAACUACCCGCAAACUGAAACUCAAAGAUAUGCAAGAGCACCAGCAGAAUCUGAAAUCGCCGACGUUCUUUGGGGCCACCUUGACACCCGCAGAGUUCACGAAGGAAGAAGAGGAAGUGUUGGGACAGUUCCAGAGAGUGUCCAUCACUGGGGAUGAAACCACUGGGGUUCCCCUGAGUGAUGUCCAGCAGGCUGCCACGUCCCUGACCGCUGCCCUGUACAUCCGUAAGAAGUACAUGGACGCGGGCAUGCAGUCCUUCCCCUUCACCACGGAGCGCUACCUCCGCAUGUCGGAAACUGGGGAGACACCGGUUAUGGAAGGAGGGUGCAAGCCUGAACAGGACACAGAGCGAGAGGAUACUUUGGAGGCCAGUUCACCAGUGUGUAGACAGGACCCUUGGGCCAACCCCACCCUGCCUGAGUCCCUGGGUUAUCAUGUAAAGAUGGUAGACGGUGUGGUCCAUGUGUACGAUAGCCCUGAUGCCAUGAGAGCUGACGAGCCCAUUGAGCUGCCCUAUCCUGACCUGGCUUCCUUCAUUGCUGAUAUGAACAUGCUGUAUGCCCUGAUAGCUGACGGGCCCAUAAAGUCGUUCUGUUACCGUCGGCUGAGUUACCUGUCGUCCAAGUUCCAGCUGCACGUGCUGCUAAAUGAGAUGAAUGAGCUGGUGGCCCAGAAGGAGGUGCCACACAGGGACUUCUACAACAUCAGGAAGGUGGAUACUCACAUCCAUGCAGCUUCCAGCAUGAACCAGAAACACCUGCUGCGUUUCAUCAAGAGCAAGCUCAGGAAGCAUGCUGACGAGGUAGUCAUCAAGAAUGGAGGCAAGGAACAGACCCUGAAGGAGGUGUUCGAGGACCUGAACCUGACAGCCUAUGAGCUGAAUGUGGACUCACUGGAUGUCCAUGCUGACCGUAACACAUUCCACCGGUUUGACAAGUUCAACCACAAGUACAACCCCAUGGGGCAGAGUAUGCUGAGGGAGAUCUUCCUCAAAACUGACAACUACUUACAGGGAAAGUACUUCGCUGAGCUGAUGAAGGAAGUGAUGGAGGACCUGGAGGAGAGUAAGUACCAGUUUGCUGAGCUGCGUCUCUCCAUCUACGGCAGGUCCCGUGACGAGUGGGACAAGCUGGCAAAAUGGGCGGUCAAGCACAACGUCUACUCUGACAACGUUCGCUGGCUCAUCCAGGUCCCCAGGCUCUAUGAUGUGUACAGAAGUAAGGGCACCCUCAGUAACUUCCAGGAGGUACUACAGAACAUCUACAUGCCACUGAUUGAAGCCACUGUCGACCCACCGAGCCACCCUGAACUACACGCAUUCCUGAAAUAUGUGACAGGGUUUGACAGUGUAGAUGAUGAGUCCAAGCCAGAGAGACACAUGUUCACCAUGGACAGUCCCCUGCCUGCAGAGUGGACAGACGAGGAGAACCCACCGUAUGCUUACUACCUCUACUACAUGUACGCCAACAUGGUCAUCCUCAACCAUCUACGAAGGGAGCGUGGUAUGAACAUCUUUGUGCUGCGGCCACAUUGCGGUGAGGCCGGGCCUGUGCAUCAUCUUGUGUCAUCCUUCAUGGUGGCAGAAAACAUCUCACAUGGCCUGCUACUCAGAAAGGUCCCAGUGCUACAGUACCUGUACUACCUGGCACAGAUUGGCAUUGCCAUGUCACCACUCAGUAACAACCACCUGUUCCUGGACUAUCACCGCAACCCACUGCCGGACUAUCACGCCAGGGGCCUGGUCAUCUCCCUGUCUACUGAUGACCCCCUGCAGUUCCACUUCACAAAGGAAGCCCUAAUGGAGGAGUACAGCAUUGCUGCGCAGGUGUGGAAGUUCAGCACCUGUGACAUGUGUGAGCUGGCCAGGUCCUCUGUCCUGAUGAGCGGCUUCGACCACAAGGCAAAGCAGCAUUGGUUAGGAGAUAACUACAGACAGGAGGGUCCUGCUGGGAACGACAUCAGGUGUACCAAUGUGCCGUCCAUCCGGCUGGCCUACCGCUACGAGACUCUGGUGGAGGAGCUGAAGAUGAUCUGUACGGCAGCCUGGGAGUACCAGCAGGACGGCUCCAGCUCAGGCUCAGGGGAUGCACAAUAGCCUACUAAGAGUAAAUUGUGGUGCAAUUCAAUAGACAUAUGUUAGGUGGCGCUGCUUGCACGAGAAAUCAUUACUGAGAAGAACAUAAAAACAGGGCAAAUCAAAUGUACUGUUCAACAAGGCUUACUGAACUUUGCCAAUAAUGAAUUUCCAGAUUUUCUAAAAUAAGAUGAGAUGAUAUUGGGAAGUAGUUCAAGAUACACAUGUAUAGUAGGGACAGUUGGACCGAUGGCAGGGAAAGAGGUACUGGUAAACUUUUGCAUGUAACUUUUGAAUUUUAAAGCAAUGGAGAAAAAAAUAUCACUAAUGAUAAUGCUUUUGAAACUAGUGGCGUUGAAUCAAUGAAAAUUGAGAUGUAUGGCUCUGACUUGAGUGUUUUUGAAAGGUGGCCCGGUGCAAAGAGAUUUUUCUGAAACGUUGAUGCAAGUCGGUAGAUCUGCAGGCAGAUGCUGCUUGUACUGCUUGUCACCUUUGACAAGUGGAACUGUGGGUUGUCGUCUCUCGAUAGGGAAAUGGUCAGAUCCCUGGUGGGUAGCCAGGGAGUGUGUUCGUGGUGGUAGACCAGGAAGACAGUCAAUAACAGGGAGCAUUCUUUGUGCUGAAGUUUGGAGGCAGAUGUAUAAAGGGCUCUGCGAUGGACUUCUGGUUUUACACAACCAAUCUGAUGCUUCUUAAGGUAGUCCAAUAUUAAAUGUAUAAUAAAGAUUGUGGCAUUCGUUUCUGUCUGCAAAUUCUGUACAACCAUGCAUCCAUCCAUUCAUUUAUUUAUUUUACAUGGGUUUGAAAGGGCCUUUUCGAAAUGGUGUAUUACAUUCAUGGGACUCUUAAACAUAGUAAAUGCUCCCUGCUAUUGAAAGUAUGGUUGUGUUGAACCUGAGUGGCAUGUGACUUUUCGUUAAAAUUUAUAUAGAAAUAUGCUUCUACCAGACAGGCAAAGGAGACGCACUGCUAUCUAUUUUAAAAGCUGUUCUAAGUAUUCAAAAAAUCUACUGUUCUUUUUUUUUUUUUUCAUUUUCUAAAUACUAUAACAUAAGCAAGUAUUGGAACCAAGUGUAUCUUUCAGGUCAUGUAUCUGUUAGGUCAAAACCCAAUGGAUCUUACAUGUCAUCUACUAAUAAUGGCAUUUAAAAGUUUGCUACAUUGAAACAACUUGGCAAAUUUUAGCAAAAUUUUGUACAUCUGAGUAUGAUGACUCAUACCUUGUCAUCAUAAUAUGUACAUUAGGCUUUACUGACUAAAUUUUAUGGAUGACAUCUGUGCGCAUUGAUUUUCGACAGUUCUAAAGACAUUGGGGCCACAAGUCACCCCAAAAUGGCCUCAUGCAUUAGAUUUAGAAUCUCCAGAGGAUGUCAUCCAUAAAAUAUAGUCAGUGUGGCCUGAAAUGUUCUGUAUUUUUUGCACAUUUGAAAGGUGCUCUUUACACAUUACAUGUAAUUCUAAGGCAUUUAAGAAUCACUCUGCUGUGAAAGCCACAUGAAGUGUAUUGCAUACCAGCAAUACUGUAGAGUGACUUAACAAGGUCAGAACAAAUGUAACAUGAUCAUUUUUCCAUCAUGUUUUUAAAAGGUUGUUCCUGUCUAGUUUGUGAAGCCACUUUUUUGUAUGAUUUAUGUUUUAUUUAUUCAAAAUUUUAUCUUAUCACACUCACCGUGUGUAAUAAUUAUAACAAACAUUUCACAAGUGUAGCAUACCAUAGAAGACACUUAUGUUAUGAAGCUAAUACAUGGUACAUGUAUUUUAAAGGACAUGUUUUUUGUCUUGUUUGCUCGCUGCACUAAGUGAGAACCCUUUCCAGAUUUGUUGGCUGUGUAAUUCUUUAGGGUAUGCACUUGUUUCAUUUGGUGAAGUAUCAGAGUCAUGUGCUUGUAGACUGAUAGGGUUAAUACUGUGCAUACAUGUAUGUGUCUGGAAUACUGUGUUACUACAUUGUUCCAGUGCAAUCUGUGAUGUUGGCUCACAGUACAUGGCAUUGUAAGUGUAGGUUUUUACCACACAAGACUUCUAGUGCUGACAUACUGUACACUCAAUCGUUAUCGUAUAAAAAUUGUCAGAAAAAUGAUUCUUUCAAUCCAGUAUGGCAUUUGCCAUGUUUCCUAACUAUAGCUACAUGUCAGUUUUGCUGGAUGUCUUCAGGCAAUUUGAACCUGUGCUGUAAAAGAAUUUUGUGUAAUUUUUCCAGGCUUAUGUCAUAGAUUAGAAUUCUGUAACCUUGUAUCUACUAAUACUGUAUUGUAAUCAGUGUUGUUUCUGUUUCUGCUAGCUUUUAUGGUAUAAAUUUGAUGUGUCAGUUUUUAUGGUGGUAUUUAUGAUGGUUGCUCACAAUUUUGCUGUUAAUUUUUCUUUCACGUGAUGGGUAAUCUCAAACUAACAGCAUUAAUCUCCCAAAAGUCAACAUGACCAGAAAGACUAACUUCUACUGGACCCUUUUAGAAAUGGAACAGCUCUUAACUGCUCUAGAUACAGCGGCUAGCUGUCUUAAUGAUCUGUUGAAUAUGAAAAUGAGAUGUGUAAACAUUGGUGUCUGUCAUAUCGGAAGAAUUCUCAAAGAUGAUGUAUUUGAUUGAAACUAGAGUUGUACAAAGAGAGAUAUCAUACAAUAUAACUAAUUACUUUGCCAUACAUAAC